CCGGGCCUACGCGGUUGCCAUGGCUACCAGCCCGGGAAAGACGCACGCGGAGCCUUUCUAUGCUGCGGCUGAAGGGGAAGGCCGUUCUCCGCGCGACUUGCAAGGGGGAGAAACACAAUGAAAGCUUUUCUAAAGAGUUCCGAGGGUAUUUUUGUUCUGAGGCCAAAGAUAACUACUUUAGGAAGGCAUGAAGAUUCAGACAUUAUCCUUAAGUCUCCAAAUGUUGACGAUCGCCAUGCCGCCAUAGAGUUCAAAGAGUCGGAAAAUGUCUUUGUCCUUCGAGAUUUCAACUCGGCUCAAGGAACGUUUGUCAACGAUUGCCAUAUCCAGAAUGCAGCGGUGAAAAUCAGCCCUGGAGAUGUUUUGCGGUUUGGCUCCAGUAGAACAGGCUUUGAGCUUAUGGUAGAAAGCGCUUCUCAGGAAAAGGUGUCAUGUCCGCCAGUGAUGCGCCGAGCCGCCUGGCCCGGGUUGCUCCAGAUAGUUACAGAGACAGCAACCUCACCAGCAGCAGCGUCUCAGUUUCCAUUCCUUCAGUCUCAUCCGCUACCUCAUGCAAGCAGCAGCUGGACCUAUGGAGCAAGUGGGACUUCUCCGCAUCCGCCCCUUCGGAAGAGACCCAUAAAUGCUUGGGGCAGAGUGGUCGCAUCCCCUUCUUUCGCUCCCAGUUCUUUCAGCAGGCCUCCCACAGAUACAUUAGGAAACGGAACUGCUGCUGGUCCUUUGUCAAGCACCCAUUACACCGACUCGCCUCCCAAGGAUAAGGAUGAGCUUGUUACGAAAACUGAAAAUGAAGCAAGUCGCCUCUCCAGCCACGAAGGCGAGUCCAGUCGCAAGGACGCUGUGAUAUCAAAUCUUCAGGAUGAGCUUGCAGUAGUGACGGAAAAGAUGGUGGAGGCUCUUGCCAGGAAAGAGGCUGUGUUUAAUCAGAAGCUCCAGACUCUUGGCCAAGACGUUGAAGCAAAGACCGAAGAAAUUAAAGCUUUGAAAGAGCGGGUUUCCUACCUGCAGCAAAACACAAGUGAAGUGUUGUGCCAUUCCCUUUCUGAAAGAGACCUCCAAAUUGCACACUGGAAGCAAGAAAUUGAGAAUUUGAAGAAAAACAAUUCUCUGACUUCAGGCCUGGUGACCAGUUUGCAAAAAGAUGUUACGUCCAAGGAGCAGAAGAUACAGCAGCUGAAAACGGAUGCUGAGAAAUUGAGGCGAGAGAUCAGGGAAAAGGACAGCCAGCUUGCUCAUGUCUCCGCUCAGUGUUCUAGAAUUAAAGAUGAAAUGAAGCGUGAAUUCAGAGAGAGAGAAGUAAAUGUCUAUCAGAAUCGUGUUGCUGAGCUUGAGCUGCAAGUAAAGAGAGCGGAAGAAGAAAUACAGAAAGGCCGUGCUGAGCAGGGAACCUUAACCAAAAGGCUUGCAGAGAAAGCAAAGGCUGCAGAGGAGCUGCAAAAGGAGUGUGAGAGGAAAUCGCAGCAGUUACAGGAAAUGAGACGUCGAGAACGCCUUGCCAAGUCUGACCUGGAGGCUGCCGACGUUCAGGCGCAGCAUUUCAGAAGCCAAAUUAUUGAAAGCCUUUUUUCACAACUUCCAGAGAUGUCAGUGUCGGAUCAACAGAUCAUGGAGAAGAUCAGUGAAAUUAAGGGGAGCACCCAGGGUGUUUUCCAGAUGGAGAAGUUGCCGAGGGAGGAAAUCCAUCUCAAGACAUCUAAAGAGGAAGCAAUAACUGAGCAAUUUGAGCUGCUGAAGGAAUCAUUGGAUGGACUUCAGACUUUUUUGAAAACCUCCUACUGCAGCAGCAGCUUGAGAAAGGAGGUCUGCAGUCUUCAAAACUUAUGCCUCACCCCACCAGUCUCGUGGAUCCAGAGCUCGGCGGCCGAAGUCCUGUGCAGCUUGCUGAGCUGGGUGGAUGCGGUGGAACGUCUCUUGUUGGAUGUGGGACUUGACAUCUCUGACUCUGAGAAAGGAAUGACCUUCUACAUGAAGAAGCUGCUGAACAACCAUUUGAACACCACAGGCAAGCUUCAGAUGGUGCAGACCCAGCUAAGGAUGGCAGAGGAGUCUCAGCAUUCUCUGCUGUGGGAGAAGAUGAAUGAAGUGAAAGCCGGACUCCAGAAGGAGUUUCAGGACAAAGAGCAAAUGUUUCUGAACAGAGUGAAGGUUCUGGAGGAGACAGCUGGCCAGGAGAAAGAAAAAUUGAACAACCUUAUAGAGAAAGAAAAGAAAAAAGUCCAAGAUUUGAAAACUCAGAUGGGACAGUUGGCUGAGGUAACAAAACAUAAAACUGAAUUGGAGGAAGCUUUAAAUGCUAAGCUGAUAGACACUUUGGAAAGCCUGGAAGAGACCGAGAGGAGAAAGGUGGUGGCAGAAGAGAAGUUGACCAUCUGGGAGAAACGUCUGAAAAGCCUCGAGAGUGAAAAAGAAAUACAGAAACAAAAGCAUCAAGAGGAGUUUGCGGAAUAUAAGGAACAGAUCAAGCAACAUUCUCGGACGAUCGUAGCGAUGGAAGGAAGACUGUCCGAGGCUGCCCAGUACCUGAAAAAGGUGAAGGAGGAAAAUCUCAGACUUCGACAGCAAAUAGAAGAAAUGCAAAGGGAAUCUUCCAAGUCUAAGCCAUCCAUUUUACAAGAAGUGUCUAAGCCGUCUGUUUCACAAGAGGUUUCUAAGCCAUCCAUUUCACAAGAGUUUUCUGUGCCGCUCGUUUCACAAGAGGUUUCUAAGCCAUCCGUUUCGCAAGAGGUUUUUAUGCCAUCCCGAUCACAAGAGGUUUCUUGCACCAAAGGGGACUAUUUUUUUAUGAUGGAAAAAUUAGCAUCCGCGAGGCAAGAAGUCUUAUCAAAACACACCAUAAUCUUGGAAUUAAAGAAGGAGCUCUCGGAAGCCAAAGCCAGGAUGUCCGACAUAAUUGGAGAACUGAGUGAAAAGCAAAAGAUGGAACUGGAGCAGAAGCGCAGUCUUGUACUUAGCCAAGCACAAGAACUCAACCACCUUCAAGAGAAGCUAUAUGAGAUGUCCAAGCUGGUGGACCGGAAGGACGCAAACCUUAACUCUGCAAAUGAAGAAUUAAGGAACUCUAGAGAGAAAUUAAAAGAGCUAAAGGCGGAAGUGCAAAGAAAGGCAAGCCUCCUCGAGAAAAGUGUCCAACACAAGAGCAGUCAGACAAACAGCACCCUGCCAGAAGGAAGCCCUGCUACCAGAAAGGUGUCAGCUUUGGACCUUGCUGACAUGGGAGCAAAAUGCAAAGGCUACAGACACGAGGAGACCAUCUUACGUCAAAAAGAUGCUCUGACUGAACUGAGGGAGAGAAUCAAAGUGCUAGAGAGGAGUCGGCCUUUGGGAUUUAAAGAGAAAACCGUGGAGCCACUUAUAGUGCUAAAAAAAGACCUGACUGAGAAAAGCGAUCGGAAAACAGAGAAAGAACACGAGCUGUCACUGGUGACAAGUCUGAAUGCUAAUAAGCUUCAAAAUAGCAUUUGUAGCAUGGAUCCCAACGUGGCAAUAGAAAGGACCGCAAAGCUGGAAAUGGCUGAUGCGUUAGACCUCAGUGAGAAUAUGUACCUCACCCUGAUCCGGGAUCUGUCCAGCCUGUUGGACACGAAGGAACUGCUGGGAAUGCAGACGGUCAAGCACCUUCCCCACGACGAACGGGAAAAGGUCGGGCUGCUGAGGCAGAAGGACCUCGAGGGGCUGUUCGACAAGGUCAGAAGGCUGAAGAACCGUCUGGAGAGGAAGGAGGAGCUACUGAAAGAGUAUGAGAAAGACGUUGGGAAGUUCAGGACGAACACGCUGUCUCUGCAAACGUGCCAGGCCGAGAUGGCCAAGCUAGCCGAUAGGAUCUACCAAGAAGCCGAAGAGAACACCUUGCUUAAAGAAGCUCUGGAGAGGACCAAAGUACAGCUGAUCCAGGAGAAGAAGCUGAACAGGGUUCUUAAGCAGCACAAGGCGGCUGUCAAAAAGAAACUGUUCCCUGAAAAUCAGAAAAUGCCAGAGAGGCCAGUAGAAGCCUGUAAGAAAAGAACCCACUGCAGUGCCUCUGCGUAGAUGUCCCACUUGCCGGACGCCUCUAGAUGAAGAACAGUCGGGUUAGAUGCUUGUCCAUUUCUGUAAAUAUGAUAAUGAUGCAGCGUUUUAUAAAAAAACACGCCAGGAUUUUAUAAAUAGC